AUGACCGAGCUAAGACUUGAAAAAAUUACUUUGCCUAAUGUGCAUGUAGUGCAUGGACUCGAGUUCCCAGUGGCAUACAAGCUUGUUGGUGAGAGAAUCGAUUCUGAAGAGGUGAUCAAAUUUCUUAAUGAAAAAGGUAAGACCGGUUGGUUUAACGAUCAGGUGAAACAGCACGGCGCUAUUGUACUCAGAGGCUUUGGCUCUACUUCUCCACAGGUUAUCUCCAAAUUUAUAAAGGCCAUUGGUUAUUCAAGUGGAGAUCGGCCUUUUCAACAAGCAGGUACUACGGCAAAAAGGACCAAGUUGACCGACGUCAUAACAACGGCCAACGAGGGAUUACCAAGCUUGUUCAUUGAUCAACAUAAUGAAUUCUCACGAUUCGUCCAGUACCCAACCAAACUAUUCUUUGCAUGCGAAAAGCUAACAGCGGAAGGCGGUGAAACCCCAAUUACUCACGGUGGAGAAUAUUUCGAAAAUAUCUACAAGAGCCGUCCCAAGGAUGUCCGAAGCCUUGCAAAAAGGGGCCUCUUCAUGAGACAAACAUGGCCGUUCAAGACCCCGAAUAGUACCUCCUGGGCAGACUUUUUUUGUUUUGGAAGGAACAUUGAUCAGGAAAAAGAUGACCUUGAAACGAAGAAGAAGAAGGCCGAGAUCCUUAUCAAAAGUCAUGUCAGUAAGGAUUUUUUCUGGGAUAAGGACAAUAAUUUGGUCGUUGAUCAGCAUACAGAUCCUAUUAGGGUGUACAAAAGACCGGAUGGGUUUGCUUUUCCUACCUUUUUCAACAGCAUAGCUACUUACUAUGCUGACUACAAAGAUACCUACUUUGAUGUGUACAAGAAGACCUCAUUCUUAAAGUAUAACGAUGAUGAGCAGAUUCCUGAUGAAUUUUUAGAUGACGUUUUGAAGGCUUCCGAAGAUCUUGCAUACGCGCACACUUGGGAAGAAGGAGAUCUUGCCAUCGUUGACAAUUAUCAGGUGAGUCACGGUAGAUAUCCUUGGAAGAACGGGAAGAGGACAAUCCUAGUUAGUAUGUGGGAUACUCCAAACAAGCCAGAGUAUCCUGUGUGGAAGGGAUAA